GUAAAGCCCCCAUGUAAAUUUUUUGUCCCCUCGUUUUACUUGCUCUCAUUUUGCUUUUGGCGUGCGUUUUAAUUUAACCACUAAAAUGUUGUCUGGAUAUUUGGCUUUUUUGCUCCCGUUUUCCUGCUUUGUAGAGUUACCCGCUGCGCAGCGCGGUCCUAUUUUUAGAAGAGCGUAGAUUUCUGUGAAAAUCUGCAAAAGGGCAUGGCUGCUUGGCCAGAAAAGUUGUCCGUCUUGCAUAUUCGCCGACAGACAUCAGUGCAUCGCUGCCAUCGACUGUCUGGCACAACACAUCAUCCUCUGCUGUCAUCGAGCGCACUACGCCAACGAUGCCUAAAUCCGCCAGCCACUAUACUGCAAUGCCCUGCCAAGCCCGCAGCUGGCAUCCAGUCAGAGGGCACUGAUCAAAAAUAAGCUCCAAAACUGUUUCUAAUUCCAGAAAGCUGCACUGGACAAGAGCUGUCGACACAUGCAAAUCCAGGUCAAACAAACCGGCUAGUUUUUUCUUUGUUUAUG